UUAAAAAUAUGAUGAAAUAUGUUUCACAAUACAGUGUCAGGUUGUUCUCCACAAUUGUACAUGAGGUAUUUGUCGGAAAACACAAUGAAAGUAUAGAGUAGAGAUUUGUUUAUGAGAAAAUAGUUAUUCCAAUGUAAAAGAAUCAUCUGUACAAAUGAUGGAAAAGGCUUACGACGUUAAUGGUGUUAACGGAGAAAGAGUUGCACAAACCAGAAGUGACGCCGUCGUGACGUCAUCGGUGGACGAUGCCGCUACGCCGGAUGUUGCGCGGCAGACAUCAAUCAAUGAUAGUCAGGCGUCCGUCACGGUGGAGGAGGCAGAUACGUCCGGUCUGCCGAUAGACAGAGGUUGGGCAUGGGUGGUAUUAGCUGCAUGUACAUUCGAGAUCACGGUGUACGGCGGCAUGAUGCGCUCCUUCGGCGUAUUCUUCCUGCAGUACCAGAUGCGCUUCCAGUCAAACGCCUCCCAGACAGCCAUCACCAACCUCAUCCAGAACCUGGUGCUCAGCGUUACUGCCCUGUUCGUGAUGACCAUUGGUCUCCAGAGGUUUUCUAGCCGGGUGGCGGUGUGUGCCGGGGGCCUCCUUACUGUAAUCGGCUACGUCAUUUCCGCAUAUGCAACUGAUAUAGCUUUCCUCUACUUCGGCAUGGGGGUUCUUGGAGGGGCAGGACUUGCGUUGAUUCACCCUCCCAUGUUGGCAAUCAUAGGCGCCUACUUCAACCGACACCGAGGUCUCGCCAACAGCAUAUUCACGGCCGGCGGCUCCCUCGGCGGCCUUAUCUGGCCAUCAGUGGUCGUCCGCCUCUUCGAAGAGUAUGGAUACUCAGGCGCAAUGCUCAUAGUCUCCGGAAUGCUUAUGAACAUCUUAGUCGCCGGGGUGCUUAUGCGCCCGCUGGAGCUUUUUCAGAAAGAGUGUCAGAGAAGGGCACCGGCAAAUAACAGCGAUGAACUAAUUAGUGAUGAUUUGCAUGGAAGAGAUUUAAACAAUGACAAGAGAAGUACACUGCUGGAAUCUUUUGAUGAUACGCCAAUCAGUAUUGAGGAAACACAUGGACUUAUUGUGGAUGCUACCGUUGACCUUGAUCAUGUUCAUGGUAGUAUGGAUAAUUUGAGUAAAAAGAAAGCACGUUCUAUUAUAGAUAUAACGGGUUCAAUAACAGACAUGCGGGGAUCAAAAACGAAUUUAAAUGGAUCAAGACAUAACGUCAAUGGCUCAACAAAAAUUGAAUUCAUGCGAAUGAAAUCUUACGAUCCCGAGAUAGGCCGUUAUGUAACCCCAGGAUCACCCAUGAUUGAACGAAUUCGGAGACCACGGACUAUAUCCGAAAGUGGGGGUUCACAAUUAACUCAUCGCUUGAGCGGAAGUAAAAGUCAAUUGUCAAGAGUAAUUGACGCCGUGAAUAGAUCCAAAGUUGCGAUCUACACCAGUGACGCUGGCUUAUGUGGUUCAUUUCUGGACCUUAACAUUGACAUGGUAGAAAAGGCAAAAUCGGAAGUUGAUGUCCGUGGAGAUAACGUAAGUGAGAAAAGUGAUAAAGCCUGCUGUCUGCCGUGCAGAAGUUGCGUUAAGGACGUCAUGUGUACCGUCUUUGACGUGUCCCUUUUAAAGAACCCACUAUUUCUAGUAUUUUUACUCAUGGCUUUUUGUACUUUGUCUGGAGUCGGGCUAGUGCCGGUUUAUGUCCCCACCCACGCCAAGGACGUUGGACUAACAAACCAGCAAAUAGGCGUCCUGAUUUCCAUAACGGCGGCCACAGACCUGGUGGCCAAGAUAUUAUUUGGGUUCAUAGCGGAUCGGAAGUGGAUACAGCGACCGGUCAUCCUGGCAAGCACUUCCAUUCUGCUCGGCACUGCCUGCCAUUUAGCGCGCUAUAUGACAAACUUCAUCACCGUUCUCAUUUUUACACUCAUAGCUGGGGUGUGUUGCGGCCAGUAUAUCUCAAUGUAUGCGAUCCUCCUGAUGGACGUAAUCGGAGUUGACAAGUUUAAGCAGUCCUUGGGCUUCGGGACUCUCGUGCAUGGAGUAUCCGUGGCCAUCUUCUUCCCCGUCGCUGGUCUGCUGCGGGACUACACCGGGUCGUACGUUUCGUCCUUCCAUCUGGUAGGCGGUCUGGCCUAUAUCGGGGCUUUCCUAGUGGUCCUCAUCGAAAGGCUCAAGUCCCCACCAUCAGACAAGGCAUAGUGAAAGAAACUCAUCAGUGUUCACGCUCUCAUCCACAGUCAUAAAAUAGCCCAAACGGCAUGAACAUUUUAAGAACACUGUUUUCGGGUCAAUAUUUCCCAUUACUUGCAGUCAGAGGGGCGGGGGGCGACAACAGUUCGUUGACAAUGCAUACAAUGAAACUUGUUCCCGUGGUAGGGCGGGAACAGGGAACAAUGUGUUAACAAAAUAACUGAAGAUGUCCUUAGUCACUUACUAUAUAAUAUAACAAUAUUUAGAAUAAAAACAAGUUAAGUUUUAA